GCAAUGACUGUCGAGGUGUUUCCAUGUUAAAUCCUUGGGCACUAUCAUCGGUUACUUGAUUACAGUAUCCUCACUAUGUGUUUUGCCUUACUUGUGGAACAGGUACCGUCGUUUUCGAGCAACGAAUGGUAUUCCGAUCUUCUGGUUGAGGGUAUGGAAUGGCUUGACAUGUUCCCCGCGCCAGCUCGCCCCACGCAAGCCCUCAUCUCGCUUGCACCACCAAGAAUCUUAGAGUUUGUUCGGUUGCACUCGGUAGACGUCUCCCCUCCCUUGAUCACCAUCCUUUCGUUCGAUUUGUGGUCUGACCUCCUCUGGACUGCAUCCAAUGACAAACCUACGUUUCUCAAACUCACCAAGUUUCUGGUGACUCAGUCGAGGGAAAUCGUGGAAGAAGAUGACCACGUGUCUGCCACCGUCGAUGUGAACAUCGCAAUGAAGGAAAAGUUUUUUGUAGACCUCUUUGGGGCUGAGUCGAAUUUCCACGCAGGUUUGGUCCAGACGAACUUGUCGAUUGAGGGUGUGGAUGGGGAGGAUGAAGGGGACGAGGAGGAGGAUAAGGAUGCCUUGCCUCUUACGGAGGAGGAGAAGGCUUAUCACGCCAAGAUAUUAGCGGAGGGAAGGAAGGAGAAGUUAAGGGUGGUCGCGGAUAAUCAGAGAUCCACGGUCAAUAACUACGUCCGGAACGCUUUCCUCCCGAUCACGCCGCCUAGAUGGAUAGAAGCUCAGUCCAGGUCGGUGGGGGACAAACUGUGGGAACUGUACACGUUCAACUAUCUAGCUCCUAUUCACGCGGAUUCGUACAGAUUCCUGGCCUCACUCACUGAAGAAGAGAUGAAGAAGUGCGGAGAGAAAGCGUUGACGGAGAACACGGAUCUAAUUAAGGGUAACUACCCACUCACUCCAUCCAUGAUGAAACUCCCUGUAGUUGGGGACUUCGACCACACCAAAUGUUGUGUGUCCGCCUCUGCCCUUGCAGUACGCGGUUUCUUGGCCCCGAAACAGCAGUCAGCUAUGGCGGAACUAAAACGAAUUUGGAACGUAGGUCGACCCUACCUUAAGUGCCUAUGUGUUGCGGAAGGGAAAGGCGACUGUGGUAGGAACAUCUCGUGGUUCGACCAUGUGUUGUGGUACCUGUUGUCUGAUCUCCACUAUUUGUUUCCGGAGGCUCCUUCCCUCAAGGCUCGCACACGAGCAUUUAGAGUUAGGGCGAGGUCCACUUGGAGGGCUGCGAUGCUAGCCUCGGUAGUAUUUACGCAUAUGAGGGAUAUCAUGGUUAAGAUGGCGUACAAUGUAGUGGUAGACCCUUCGAGGACUACGCAGAACAUUUUGGAUGACCCAGCCAUCAUGCUGCACAAGUUUCCCUGGACCAUGGCGAAACUCAUCCUCCCAGCACGGUACGUGCGGUCUUCGGAGAAACGGAGGAAGGAAGAUGCGUCCGCCUCCUUGGCGAAAAAAACGAGGAAGUCACAGCCGUCCAUUUUGGAAUUUUACGUUCCACCUGCGAGGGACAGCAGCGCUGCGCCAACAAAAGAUGCAUCUGACCUCGUGGAUUUGGGUACUCCUGCCUCCUCCUCCAUCACGGUCCAGGAGGACGGGCAGACAUCAGCAUGCAGUAGACCGUUAAGGAGGAGCCACGAGGUCUGGGACUCUCCAGGGCAUCUCUCUUCAAAUCCUAAUCACUGUUCGGAUGUGCGUGUUGUGAAUUGUGCAGGAUAGUACAGGGGAGGAGGGUGGGUUCAUGACUUGUGACCCCUCUGGCCGUGCCAGGUGGCAGA